UUUUUCUCUCUCUCUCCACCGCUGGCUUUCUCCCUCUCUCUCCCUGCCUUUCAGGCGCCCUCGCUCGCUCCCCCUCCCCGCUGUCAGGUGACUUUUUAGAACUGUAGAACCAAGUGAGCUUUGGGGGAAGCCGGGAAUGGGGUCGGCGGCACUUUCCAAGCGGAACACCGCGCUGAAAUUAGUAGGCUUGGCAGGGGAUCCUCAUCCUCCUCAUCCUCCUCACCGCCAUCACCACUCCCCUCAGAGCAUGACAGGCUUCGCCGGGGAUCCCCAUUCCAUCGUUCCCACGCGCCCUGGGGAGCACCCUGGAGAAUCCCGCCUCGGUUUGAGUCCAUUCCGGUCAGAACACUUGGGACACCACCAUCAUCAUCGUCACCACCACCACCACCACCACCACCAUCACUCUCCUCCUCCUCCACCACCUCAUCACCCAGCGGCCCUUAAGCUCUGUGCUGACCCUCAGCCUCGCCAUCCCGUGACAGGCCCAGCUGAAGUGGUCCCGCGUCCAACUGGAGCGUUGGGCCCGGCGCAGUCAACAACAGUCCCUUAUGCGAUCCCUCACCCAAGCCAGGCUCUAUCGGCAGGUAGAGAUUUAUUCCUGCGCGGGGAUCUGACUGCCCCCGGCAUGCCAGGGUUCUCUUAUCCACACUCCGCUGCUCCAAGUUCUCAUCACGGAAUAUUUGUCUCAACAACAGGUAGCUACCCCGGACACCAUGCUCCCCACCACCACCACCACCUCCACCACCUCCACCACCUCCACCACCACUCGGAAGUCGGGACUCAUUCGCUCCUUACUGGACUCCAUCACCCGGAGCAACCUCCCCAUGGACCUCCAGGUGGCCAUCUAAACGGACAGAUCAGGCUGGGACUACCUGGAGAAAUGUACGCCAGGUCUGAGCCUUUCACUCCAGGACCAAUCUCCCGGACAGAUCCUUUCGCGGCUUCCUCCUUCCACGGCUACAGUAGCAUGAACCUGAACGUGAAUCUAGCGUCCCACCAUGGCCCUGGGGCUUUCUUUCGCUACAUGAGGCAGCCCAUCAAGCAAGAGCUCAUCUGCAAGUGGAUUGAACUGGAUCAGACGCCCAAGAAAUUAUGCUCGAAAACUUUCAGCACCAUGCACGAGCUGGUGACUCACGUCACCGUGGAGCACGUUGGCGGGCCCGAGCAGUCCAACCACAUCUGCUUCUGGGAAGAGUGUCCCAGAGAAGGGAAGCCUUUCAAGGCCAAAUAUAAACUGGUCAACCACAUCCGCGUCCACACGGGGGAGAAGCCUUUCCCUUGUCCUUUCCCGGGAUGCGGCAAAGUCUUCGCUCGCUCGGAAAAUCUCAAAAUCCACAAAAGGACGCAUACAGGCGAGAAGCCCUUCAAAUGCGAGUUCGAGGGCUGCGAGAGACGCUUUGCCAACAGCAGCGACCGGAAGAAGCAUUCCCACGUGCACACCAGCGACAAACCCUACAACUGUAAAGUGCGGGGCUGCGACAAGUCGUACACCCAUCCCAGCUCUUUGAGGAAGCACAUGAAGGUCCACUGCAAAUCCCCGCCUCCCAGCUCCGGCUACGAGUCGUCCACUCCUUCACUGGUCUCUCCCUCGUCCGACUGCGGCCGGGACCCCCCUCAACCGCCGCCGCCGCCCCCGCCGCCGCCCCCAGCGGCCUCCUCCACGCAGGCGGCAGCCAACCUGAGCGAAUGGUACGUGUGUCAGAGCUCCGGGACCAGCGGCAUCCCGACGCCACCCAGUAACUCUCCUUCGCCCCACGCAGGAGAGGCCGCGUUCACAAACUGCGACCCCGGCCCCAAUUAUUAACGCCGCUGGCUGUAGGACUGCCCGUCGCCAACCAGACCGCCGCCGCCGCCUUCUUUCCGAGCUCUUUCGGGACUUUGACCAGGGUCUUGGAGAAGGGGCGGAAACCGACCCGAGACUGGGAAACUCCUCCACCCCACCCCACUCCACCCGGUUCCCCCGUAUCCCUCUUGCCCCUUCCCUUCUCCCGGGCACCUUUGAUCAGAAUUGCUGCACUGGCCAUCGGAGAGAAGACGCACUGUGGGGGGAAAGAUAAUGAAGAAAAAACAAAAAACAAAUCUCCUCUCUGCUUUUGUAUUUAUUAUGGUGCCAAGAGCACAAGACGACAGCCCCCUCCUCCCCCUUAACGUCUUUUCCCACGACUUCAUGGUUUUUUUGUUUCUUUUUUUCUUUUUAAUUAUGAGUAUUAUUUUAUUUUUCACCCCAUCCUGAACCUGCUUGGAUCGCUUUCUUCCCAACGUUUACAGAAGUGUCAGAGUCGACACAGCUUUUUUUUUUUUGUAUCAAUGAACCAAAGUGUUUUCCUACGGAUUUCUAGUUGUACAGUCGCGAUCUUCGGUGCUGGUACCUCGUGACCGUGUUUUUCUUGGACUCUUUUGUUCCCUGGUGGCUUUUAGUUUUGUUUUUCAUUUUGACUGGGUGUGUGUGUAUGCGUGCGUGUGCGCGUGCGUGUGGCGUGCGUUUGCUUUCUGAGGAAAGGGUUAUCUAUAAAUAUGUUACUGGUUAGCCAACUGUACAGCGAUCAAUUAAAUACUUUGAUUAAUUUA